ACAGAGGGCACGGAGCUGGAAUUGAGCAUCCUGGACAACCAGCUUGAAAUCAAAGGCACAGCUGGCUCGCGAAGGCGGGUUGCAACGGGGUUGGUGAGGCCUGAGGCCAAAGGGGCUGGAAUCUGGGAGGCUGGACAGGGAUGCACCCUGGGAACCCUGGAGGGAAAAAGAAGCCAGCCGCAGAGUCAACCGAGAAGACAGGCGUCCUGGUCUCUCUCUGGGCACCAGAGGCUCCGGUCGAGGAGAGGGGGACGGGGUGAAGAGGGCGGUGACCAUCCCGUACGGCCGGUGGGAGCAGCGGCAGCCAUGGCGUCUCUCGAGGACCUGCUGCCCGAGCCCCCCAGGGGCCCCCUCAGUGCCUACCGUUCCCGGGCCUCUUUCUGCUGGCGGGCGCUGGCCCUGGUCCUGGAGGGCGAGGACAUGCUGCGCUUCAAGAAACGCAUCUUCGACGCCCUGGAGCGCGACCCCCUGUUCGCCGGGCCCCGCGCCCACCUGCCCCUGGAGCGGCACCGGGCGCUGAGCUUCCGGCGCUGCCGCCGCCUGCUGGAGCUCGACCUGCUGCGGCCCAGCGGCAUCAUGGCGCAGCCCCUGCGCGCGGUCGUCCUCAUGCAGUGUCUCGGCAUGUUCGACUGGUCGCUGACCGCCAAGUUCUUCCUCAACGCCAUGACUUUCUCCUCGACCAUCUCCAUCUUGGGCUCUAAGAGGCACCUCCAUUACAUCCCGAAGGUGUUCAGCAUGGAGAUCUUUGGCUGUUUCGCUCUGACCGAGCUGAGUCACGGGAGCAACACCAAGGGCAUCCGGACCACCGCCCACUACGACCCCGACACCCAGGAGUUCAUCCUUCACUCUCCUGACUUUGAAGCCGCCAAGUUCUGGGUGGGGAACAUGGGCAAGACGGCCACCCACGCUGUGGUGUACGCGCAGCUCCACACGCCGGGCGGCGGGUGUCACGGCCUGCAUGCCUUCGUCGUGCAGAUCCGGGACCCCAAGACCCUGCUGCCCAUGCCGGGGGUGAUGGUGGGUGACAUCGGGAGGAAGCUGGGGCAGAACGGCCUGGACAACGGCUUCGCCAUGUUCCACAAGGUCCGAGUCCCCCGGCAGGAUCUGCUCAACCGCACCGGGGACGUCACCCCUGAGGGCAGCUACGUCACACCCUUCAAGGACUCGCGGCAACGUUUCGGGGCAUCCCUGGGCAGCCUCUCCUUCGGCCGCGUCAGCAUCAUAGGCAUGGCCGUGGCCAACCUCAAGCUGGCUGUCAUCAUCGCCGUGCGUUUCUCCGCUACCCGGCGCCAGUUCGGCCCGGCCCACGAGGAGGUCCCGGUGCUGGAGUACCAGCUGCAGCAAUGGCGCCUCCUGCCGUACCUGGCCGCCUCCUUCGCGCUGGACCACUUCUCCAAGGUGCUGUACAUGGACAUGGUUGAGCAUCAGCGGGGCCUCCUGCAGGGCCGCCCCAGUGCUCGGCAGGCGGAGCUGGGGCACGAGAUUCACGCCCUGUCGUCGGGCGCCAAGUCCCUGGCCUCGUGGACGGCCCAGCACGGGAUCCAGGAGUGUCGUGAGGCCUGCGGGGGACACGGCUACCUGGCCGGCGCUGAACCCCGAGUCCACAGUGAACCGGCUGGGUGUCCUGAGAGACGACAACGACCCCAACUGCACCUACGAGGGGGACAACAACAUCCUGUUACAGCAGACCGGCCACUUCCUACUGGGCCUGGGCGUCCCGGCCGGGGACGGUGCCCCCCUGAGCAGCCCCCUGGGCUCCGUGGACUUCCUGGGGAGGGGCCCCCAGCUCCUGCAGCAAAGGUACACCCACCCCAGCGUGGACGACUGCCUGGACUCCAAAAUGCCCCUGGAGGCCUACGAGUGGCUGGUGUGUUACCUGCUGCGCCAGAGUCACCGGGAGCUGGAGGCCGCCAGGGACGCCGGGGUCAGCGACCUCCAGGCCAGGGACAACUGCCAGGCCCUGCUCCUGCGCCCGCUGGCUCUGGCCUUCGUGGAGCUCACGGUGCUGAGGAGAUUCCGGGAGCUGGUCCUGAGGCCUGGCCUGGCCGCCCCCCUGCGCACGGUGCUGGGCCGGCUGUGCGCCCUCUACGGGCUGUGGGCUCUGCGCCCCCACGUGGCCCUGCUCUACAGAGGCGGCUACUUCUCUGGGGAGCAGCCCGGGAAGACCCUCGAGGCCGCCAUUGUGCACCUGUGCGCCCAGCUGAAGGACGACGCGGUGGCCCUGGUGGACGUGAUCGCGCCCCCCGACUUCAUCCUGGACUCGCCCAUUGCCAGAGCCGAUGGGGAGCUCUACAAGAACCUCUGGGGGGCCGUCCUGCAGCAGCCACACGUGCUGGAGCGGCCAGCGUGGUGGCCCGAGUUCUGCAGCCACAAGCCCGAGGCCAGCCAGAGGGCCAAGCUGUGAGGGACAGAACUCGGACAGGCGGACGGACCCGGGACAAUACAGUCUUCCUCAGGGACGCGGCCUCACGUGUGUCUGUGUCCUUUUUGAUUUUCUUCUUCGUCUUGUCUGCUCCAGGCCAAGGUUUUAAAUUUUCCUUAGCGAGUUCAUACUCAUUCACAAAGCUGUAGAUAA